AUGUCUCCUGACCACCUUCACGAUAUCCAGGAGCUUGCCCCUGAUGAACGAACUCUGGCUGGCAAGCGCUAUCGAAAGUAUCUGCGGUUCGCAUCACAAACUGCACUAUGGGCGGCAUACAUCUACUUCGCAGGUCGGCUUUUCUUUAUGGUGACGACGCCAGAGCGAACAUGGAAGAUGUGGGCUAUGUUUUCUGUGGAAGGCUUAUUUGCUUAUAUGUCGCACCAUCAUCACCAAUUGUCCGCGGCAGCGACAAAGCCAUUAGAGCAGAAUUCUCAAAAAAGGCUAAGGUUGCGUAGUAGCGAAAACCUACCCCGGGUCGAUGUUUUGAUUACUUGCUGUGGCGAACCAGCCGACAUCAUCCUAGAUACAGUGCGAGCAGCCUGUGCCUUGGACUAUCCCACCUCUCUUCUCCGAGUCCGAGUUCUAGAUGACGGAGCAUCAACCGAGUUACAGGACGCAAUCACCAAGCUUCACCUCAAAUGGAGCCACCUCCACUACCACACCCGUGGCAAGCAAUCUGGCAAAUCCUUCGCAAAAGCAGGAAACCUCAACUACGCCCUAUUCUCUCUUCAAACCGAGCACCCACCUGAAUUCUGCACAGUCGUCGACGCAGACUCAAUCCUCAUGCCUGAGUUCCUGAGAGCAACGCUGCCACAUCUACUCCUGGACCCAGAGGCAGCAUUGCUGACCACGAGACAAUAUUUCUACAAUCUGCCCAACGGCGAUCCUCUCUCGCAGUCACGGGCUUACUUCUACACAUGUGAGAAUACAGAACUCAAUCUUCUCGGCCAUGCCCUGGAUGCAGGCUCCGGUGCGGUUUUCCGGCGCGACGCCAUCCUCGAUGCUGGCGGAUACCCGACCUACUCUUUCUCGGAGGACUGGCAACUUUCUCUGAUCCUGCGAGGACUAGGAAAGCGCACGAUGCAGGUGCAAGAAGUGCUGCAGUUUGGACUUGUUCCUACUUCCCUUGCUGGACACGUUAAGCAGCGUAACCGAUGGCAUAUUGGUCACUCUCAGCAGAUCUCUGUGCUGUUUCCAUCGGCUAGUAAGGGGGUUCCGGAGAAGUUGCGGUGGGAUAUCGCUAUUGGCGGAUUGUCUAUUAUUGCAGGAUUGGUUUGCUAUAUGAUUGGCUAUGUCGCUCUGCCUUUCCUAUUGGUUUCGGGGCAUGGUUUGAUCCCUGCUGGAUCAACAUUGCAGGUCAAAGUCCAGAUUAUUCUCGCUACGAUUCAUGUUGCGUCUAUUUGGGCAUAUGACUGGUUGCGGAGUGCGCAUGCUGGUGUUCCAUUUGCACCAUUUGCACAUGCUGAGAAUAGCUGGCUGGCUGGUGCUCAUCUGUAUGCCGUCAUACGAUUCCAACUUUUCGGAAGCAAACCAAAGGGUUCCUUCGUCACUGGCAGCACAGCCAAUUCCAGUGAAAACGCUACAUCAAUAUCUCCCCUGAGAAAGGCAUACAGGGAUGUCCUUCAAAGUGACAGUGGCAUUUUGUUCAAUGUUGGCUUGUUCAUUGCGAGCUUGGCUGCAUUCGUGAUCGCGAUGCAGAUGGCCGUCUACUGUGAUGGAGACAUUGUCACCAGACUUCUCACCACUGUCGCCUGGCCACCCCUGCUACACUUGUUCUUUCUGGUGAUAUUCAAUAAUUGGGUACCUGUUGCGCAUUUGUUCAAACAUCCAGUUUAUUACUCGAGAGAGGACAGAUUGGUGACGACAGAGAACGACAUUUCGUAUCCGAAAACAGGAGUUGAAAAGGAUGCUGAGUCUGGUCGGUCUCUAGUUGGUCUUUACUGCUCUUUCCUGGUUCCGGUUAGUCUUGUGGGUGUUUUGAUGGGUGCAUUGUGCUUAUAG